UACCCAACAUAUCCCUUCUUUUACGAUCAUUUCCCCAUAGCCAUGCCCGAGAAAGACCAGGUCAAACCCUUGGCUUCCCCCGCCACCCAUCUCCGGAGCGACGACGAUCAGUUUCUUCCUCCUCCGGCCAAGCUCCGCCUCCAUAGAAACAAAUACAUCAUGUGCUCCGGCUGCUUCGCCGCACUCCUCUUAAUCCUCGCCGUUAUCGGCAUCGUCCUCGGCUUCACCGUCCUCCAUAUCAAAACCCCAGAUCUCAAAAUUGACAAGCUCUCGUUUUCAAAUACUACUUCGAACGGCGGUAUAAUCAUUGUGGCUAGUGUCUUCGUGCGGAAUCCUAAUGUUGCAUCAUUCAAAUACUCAAAAGCCACGAUGAUGAUUUACUACCACGGCGCGAUGAUCGGAGAGGGGGAGACGCCGGGGGGAGAGGCGAAGGCAAAGGACACGAUGACGAUGAAUGUGACUGUGGAGAUCAAGGCGGAGGAAAUGGAUGAGGGUUUGAGUUUGAUGGAGGAUUUGAAGUCGGGAGGUUUGAAUAUCAGUAGCUACAUGGAAAUCCCAGGAAGGGUCAAAAUAAUUGGAUUCAUCAAGAAAAUGUUUGAAGUUAAAUUAGAGUGUUCAUUCACUUACAAUGCUAAAACCCAAACGAUUGAAAAGGAAGAUUGUGAUGAACGUGUAAAAAUAUCUGAUUAAUGAAGGAUUAUAGGAGGAAUUUGAAACCAUAUGACUACUAAGUUCAUAGUUUUGGAUUACGAGGAGUAUUAAAAUUUAUAACUAUAGUGCGUUCGUUAGCUAUUCAUUUUGUGGAAUAUAUUACUUUUUUACUUUGCUUAUGUAAUUAUAUUAGUAGAAUUUGUUUGACCC